CGCCCCUUCCAAAGCGGCGCCAGACCAGUGAACCUUACUAUGUACACGUGUACAACAGUAGCAGUUCGUGAGUAGUUGCCAAGCACUGCACAUACCGGUAAUUUCCCCUAAGGCCCAACGACAGCGACAAAGCCUACUUGCGAAAUACAAAACUGUGGAAAAAUGGAUUUUACAGCUUGUUGUGUAGUAAUUGUGGCUUUGAUAGCUGCAGUUUCUGGAGAAGUGAAUAUAAAUGUUCUUUUCAAGCCUGAAGAUUGCACGAGAUCUGCGCUGUCAGGGGAUUACUUGACCGUAACCUAUGUGGCAUUCCUCCCCGAAGAAUCGGGCAACGAACGCUUCGACACAUCGGACAACACAGGACCUGUUCACUUUCGCCUAAAUGAUCCUGAAAGUACUGCAAUGCAGGGAUGGCACCAGGGCUUGGAGGGAGCUUGCGUGAGGGAGAAGAGAGAAGUUUUGAUUCCCGCCGGAGAGCUUACCAUGAACCAUCGACUACCAAACACCAAGCCUCCACCAGAAGGAAAAGAUGUUGGUUAUCGUUUUGAAGUGCGAAGCAUCAAAGAUACACCUCCAGCAGAGAACCUGUUUAAGAAGAUGGAUUUUGAUGAAAACAAACAGAUCUCAAAAGAUGAGAUUAAAAGAUAUAUGGAGGAGUCUGGAAUUGGAGGGGUAGAGAAGUUUGAGACUCACAAGGAAGCUAUCGAUCACAUGUUCAAUAAGAUGGAUAAAGACAAAAAUGGAGCUAUUAGCCAUGAUGAAUUUCCAGGACCAAAGCAUGAUGAGUUCUAGGAUCUGGACCUUGUUGUUCCAUACAGCGUUUAUUAAAGUUACUUAUGACUUACUCAUGAUUUGACGCAUUCCUGGAGCAUGUUUUCAGGUGCUAAGCCAGCUACCUAGAGAUAUACCAUUUACCGCAAGAAAGGAUCACCAGUCGUGCAUAACUUCAUUUGUGACUUACAAACAGCUUUAUGAAACACCCACCAGGAGCUAGGUCAGGGCCCCGUCUUACAAAGAGUUGCGAUUUAUCCGAUCAAUCGCAACUAUGGAUGGCCAGCAACGUCAACGUCUAUUAUGCAUGUUUGUUCAAAAUAUUUAAGCUAUGAUGUAUAUUCAUGGCAUGCAUUCAUCGUUUUCUUCAAAAUUCACUGUGUAUUUCUUUGGUUACAAAAUACAUUGUGCAAAUUUCCUGUAGAAAAAAAUUAUGACCCUAGUGGAUUUCCAUAGAGUUACAAUUAAAUGGAUCAAUCAUAACUCUUUGUAAGAAGGGGCCCAGAUGUCUGUUUUAUGUUGGGGUUUUAGAGGGAUGAUGGAUAGAACUUGUCAUCAAGUCGUUGCUCUGUGAAUGAAAUAUCUCAUAUCGCUUCUCUAGCUUUUGAAUUUUGCUCCUGCAACAAUUCCUUCCAUAAAAAAAAUCUCUGUUAAAAGACAAAAAAAAUUAAACCUAUCUUUCACAUAUUGAGUAAUCCAUGUCAUUAUCAUUACAAUAGUCAAAACCAAAACUCCUAUUAAAACCAUCCUCAUUACCUUUAUUCCAGGAGAGAUAAAAAAAAAUUGGACUAGAGUCAAAAGCGACAUGCUAUUAAGAUUAAAUUUUCUUCAUUCAUCAUAUUGGACAGCCACUGCUUAUGAACAAUACCAGUCUCUAUUUAUAUCAUGAAAUUAUUGUUAUUUUCAAUUCUUUUGACUUUUUGACCUUAUUUCAUUAAACAAAUGCUGCAAUUGAAUCAACAGGUUAUCGCAUCCAAGUAAUAUUGUUUUUUAACCAAAUAUGUUUACAAUUAUAUUUUAGGUAUAAAAGGCCACAAGGUUUUGAUUGGUAAUGUGUAAGGUUGCAAGAGGUGAGAUCAGCUUAAAUUUGUAUCAUAAUAAUUGUAAUUAGUUGUAACUUUUCAUAUAAUGGGAUCCACUUUGUAUUAUUUUUUUGCACAAUGGGGAUAUCUUAACCAAAAACAAAACAUACUGUCAUUGUAUUUUUCUUAAAUUACUUAUUAGCAGUAUACCUUGAAUUUUUAUUAGUAUUAAAACGAGGCUGAACAUGAUUUUUUUUUAAAUACCCAUGAAUUCAUAUGAAAAGGAGGGGAAAACCUGUGUGAGAUGUACAAUAGUUUGGUGUUUCUAGUAUUGUAAAGUGCAUGGAGAGAGAGAUUGAUUCAAUGUCUCUUUGGAAAUUAAAUGAUACAUUAUAUUUUUUAGACAAAAUAACAUACUUUAUGUAUCUAAAACUGCAAAGCCAAGAAAAAGAAAUUCAAGUACUGCUCCCCCCCCCCGCCGCCAUAACAAAAAUAGAAUUGAUUUUGGGUAUUGCUUAGAGGGUACUUAUAUUAAAAAUUCAUUGUGAAAUCACCUUGUUUUCAAGAAAAGUUGUGUAAAGAUAAUGAGUGAUGAAAAUCUAAAUGCAGGGGAGCGUUUCAUCGACAUUUUUGUCUGACAAGUUGUCAGAUCUGACAUCUUUCCAUGAUUUUGAUUGGCUGAGAGGCACUGUUCCUAUGGCAACUGUCGGAUAAAAUGGGACUUGUCGGAUAAAACGUCCGACAAGUCCUUUCAUGAAACGCCCCCCAGAACACUGGUUGUCAUGUUUCAUGUGCCUUUGAAUUGUAAAAUGGUAAGUGAAGAAAAGUUUGAACGUAGAUUAGGUUAUUCAGAGUUUAAGUUGUAACUUUAGCUAAUUUUUUGUUCAUGUUAAUGAUACAUUUGCAUGAUAGCCUAUACUUUUUAUCAAAAUUAAUGAACUUUUUUUUUGCUCAAUUCGAUUUAUGACUCUAAGUCUUUCAUUGCUAUAUAUCAUGAGAAUGCAAAAUUGGUAUACCAUUUCUGAUUGUGAAAUUAUUGCUAUCACCUUGAAUGGCUUUUGUAGGGUUUAUAUCAUUUUAUGACUGUAUAAAAUCUUUGAACAUUGUAGUAUGCAUACAUUUAUUAUGCAAUUUUUUACAUAUUAAGUACUGAUGCUAGUAUUUAUUUUAGUUCCCAGAUAUUUGUUACCUAUAGCUAGAAGUUCAGAAUAAAGAAGUAUAAUUUUGAA